UUGGGACUGGCUGCUGCAGUCUUGUUGUGGUGUUUUUGGCGUUAACAUGUUUUUCGGACGCAAUGUAACAUUCGCUUGGCAAUUGUCUGGGGGAAUUAUUUUUGUUCUCAUCUUCGCAAUUCUAACAGUGGAUGCCCGCCGUGCAGUUCAACCCGUUGAAGAUGUCGAAGAUGUUGUGAAACGUUUGAAUAAUUUAAAUAUUCAUGAUGACGCCAAUAUUGAAAAUCAAGGACCACCAUGUCUGCUGGACGUGCAAAAGGAUUUUCCUCGACCAAAUGAAUUGCAGCCGCUCUACCUUAUGCCAGAUACAAAUCAAUUCUGGUUACCCAACGACCAUGGACAAUUGGAAAUACCACGUGGGGCUGUCAUUGAACUACAUUGUACGAAAUCAUUUGCCAAUUCCACCGAGGCACAGAGGGCGGAACACAAGGAGAAACACCAACACAACAAGAAUCGAACAAGCCCCAGUAACAGCAGCAACCAUAGCAGCACACUCCCACCACACGACAUCAGCAACAUCUUUCGCAUUGCAAAGAACACCCGAACAAUACGGCCACGAUGCCUGCACGACAAGAGCUUCUUGUGGCAGGGAGAAAAAUAUGAAUUUCGGCAAUUCAUCUGUGAGAGAUCCACCAGAUAUCGGGUCGAACAACUGCAUGAAAAAUGUCCAGCCAUGACAGAUGACCGGACAACGGCCACGGCUGAAAUGUACCGUGUUGGCUUCAACGUAAGCAGCAAUCGAUUUGUGGAAACUAUGCGUAUCUGCUAUGAGCCCGCCCAGCUGCGAACAUUGUAUGUCGAACAUGUAUUGUUGCCGGCCAGCAUUCAUUUCCAGAAAUCGGUAAAGCGCUUAAAUUUCAGCAAGGCUGGCUACUUCCAGGGCUUCAACAUGAAUCACCUCUAUUCGCAUUACAAUCAACAACAGCAGGCAGCUGUGGCAUUGCAGGGCCAACAACAUGUUCGGCAUCUCUUCGAUAACAACACCCUGUUUUUGGCCCGAGGCCAUUUGGCGGCCAAGGCGGACUACAUCUAUGCCAGCCAGCAGAGGUCUACCUUUAAUUUCUUUAAUGCCGCUCCACAGUAGCAGGGUUUCAAUGGUGGCCAAUGGGCGGCAUUGGAGGAUGCAGUGCGUAAGUAUGCAGCCAAGUCCGGGCAGAGAAUCCUGUGUUAUACGGGUACCUGGGGUAUUAUGAGGUUGCCGGCUCCACAAUCAGCAACCAACACCACCACCACCGAUACCACCACUAAUGUCAGUGCCUUUCCACCACAGCAACGUGAUUUCUAUUUGGCCAGAGAUGACAACAACAAUGGUCUGUUACCCGUUCCAAUGUUGUAUUAUCGUCUGCUGGUCAAUAGUCAGCGUAACCAGGGCAUCGUCUUGGUCGGUGUAAAUAAUCCCCAUGCCAGUUUAAAUGAAAUCAGCUCGGAGUAUGUAAUCUGUGACGAUAUACAAGAGCAGGUUGCCUGGUUGCGUUGGAUGAACAACAAUAACAACAACAACAAGGACAGGCGGAAUUUGAAAAAGGGAUAUUUGUAUGCCUGUCAUGUUGGAGAUUUUGUCAAAGCUGUUGGCCACUUACCAAGUGAUCUAUUAAAUGUUAGCGAGAUAUUAGCUUAAUUGUAAAUGACAACAAGAAAUGGG